AAUGCAUGGAUGCAAAAGAACCGUUGUAAUUGGUGUGUACGGGGGCGUGCGUCAUGAAAAGUUUAAUUUAAAUUUUUUUUUGUAUUUCGUUUUAUUGCAAUUAGAUCAGCUAGACAUGCGUUUUAUGGAUGAGGCCAAGUGUCGUAUUUGUAAGCGCAUUUUCUGCUGCGCCAAAUGCCGCCAAAAGCAUCAGUUCGAUAUGCACGCCAUUGCUGUAAGCCAGCCAAUGGGACAGCAGGCGAAAAUGGAUGGAGAGGGAGAGAAAGAUGAAGAGGGAGAGGGAGUUGAUGUCAAACCAACAACCAUAUAUGUGUUCUGUCCGAUCUGCGAGCAGAAGCCGCUGACACUCCGUGAGGAGAUGUACGCCGAGCUGUUGGCGCAUAUUGAGAGCGUCCAUUUGCCCCUGCGUUGUCGCAAGUGUCAGCGACAGUACACGAAGAUCGAUGAUCUGCUUGAGUUCAGCAAGUGUGUGGAUCUGGCACACAACUGCAGUGCCGGCAGCUUGGAGCAGAAUCGCAGCUGCGAUACGGAUGCCUCGAAGGUAACGGUGAAAAAGGCAACAGUCGCUGCCAACACAAUAUCCACACAAACCUCUCCAAGCAUUGCCAAAGAUCUGAACGAGACGCAGCAUUAUCAUCAGCAACAGCAUUUGAAUCUAACGCCCAUAUCGCUGUUCAAUCUCCGCUGGAAGGCCAAGAGUCGCCUUGCACAGGAGGAGUUUAGCGUAUCCUCCAUACGCAAUCUGUCCUCGGACAGCGUUAACUUGUCUGGCCAACAGCGCCGCAGCAUUGGACAGUUGGCUGCACCGCCAGACAUGGUGCACCAGGACAAGGGCAAGAUUAUAAGGUCGACAUCAACGCCUUUGCAGGUUUGCAGUGUGAUUGCCAAGCCAAAGGAGGCACUCACCUUCAAUGCCACUGGCAGUGGUACUGCUGGCUCUGCUCACUUGUCCAGCAUCUACCACAGUGGCUAUGUGCUGGAUGAGCACAACACACCAGCUGCCAUCACGGACAACAGCCACCUGGCCAUCCAACAGCCGCCUCAACAGCCCCAACAACGUCCAUGGAAGGUCAGUGGACGUGGCAAGAUGAGUGCUGUGACACCACUGCGUCAGGUCAUGUCCAAGAGCAUACAGAAGGCCUUUGUGGAGCACGGCAUUGGCAUGCUGGCCACCCAAGCUACCCAGCGACGCAUCCGUCUCGAUCUCAGCGAGAAUAACACGCCCGAUGUCGGCUCCGCCUUGGAUCUGCGUUUAUCCCCCGUCGUGCGACGCACACAGAGCGAGGCCAGCAUGGAGGCGCAACGAGAGCAGAGCUCGACCAGCACAGAGCCAUACCAGAUCUUGCUGUCAGCCCAGAAGCUGACCACCGAAUCGAUAAUCAUAACACGCACACAGCACGGCAGGAGCGGAUCCUUGCCCGUCUCCGUCUCCACCUCCACAACAAACGCGAGCACCACGAGCACCGUUUACAAUUCAUGUGAGAGCGUGGAGAUCAUCACCUCAUCAACUGCCGAAUUGAGUGCCAAUCUACAGCAGGGCAUUGCAUCAGGAGUGGGAGUGGCAUCGGGAUCGGCUAUUUGUGCAAUGCCUCCCAUAACACCAAUUACACGCAUUCCAGGCGCUGUUAUCAAUAAGAAGCUUAUCAAAUUCGAGACACCGCACAAGAUUGAGGUGCACACAAGACCAGGACACGGACAAAGCGAUGAAUCCAUACAAGAGGAAAAGGAAAUCUUUUAUACGCCUAAUCCCAGCACCACCCCAACCACCGAUCCCGGCAGCCCAACCGCUGAAGCCACCAACAAGGAGCGUCGUCGACAGCAAAUUGUGCCGCGCCAGCUGAGCGGUCAGUUCUCGCCCAAGAAACUACAACCGCCGGUGUCACGUCCACUGGGACCGCGUGCUCGUCCGCCGUUGCGAGUGUGCUACAAUCAAAAAGCCUUCAGUUGUGUACAGGAUGUGGAAAGCGACGAUGAGGUGUUCUUGCCAAACAGCGCAUCCACGCAUAAUGAUAAGAAGUCCACAACUGCUGUCUCACAGUCGGAACCAGGACGACUCUGGUCACUCAUGUCAUCGGUCAUGCGUUUGCCGGCGACUCUAAAAACGGAUCGCAGUGUGGACAAGGAAAACACUAGCACUAACAGCACAUCGGGCUCUUUAAUCCGACGUUGUGCCUCCAUUGCCGGUUCAUUGGUGCGCACCAUUCACUCCCAAGAUGAUGCUGAAGAUAUACAGAGCAUGAAACGUAAACGAACUCAAACGCUGGACAAUCAAUAUAGAGAUAGAGGUCACACGUCUCCAGCCAGUUCGUCGAAGCGUUUGCGUAUUCAACCAAGGAAACCCAUUGAACGCAUGCGCAAUAAUUAUUAAUAUGUAUCUUUCACAAUCUUUAUGUAUCUAAUAAAUCAAGUAUGUAUUUUCGAAUUU